GUGAAAGAUGUUGCGGUCAUCAGUUACAUUAGCCAUUCUGGUAGUAGCUGUUCAAGCAACAGAUUUUGAGAUAGUGAACAGAGAAGGUGGAGCCAUCUGGGUUGGAACUCAAGGAAAUUCCGGAAAACAACCUCUAAAAAAUGGGGGAUUCAAACUUAAUGCAGGACAAUCGAUAACAGUUGGAGCUCCAGAUGAUUGGGCUGGUCGUUUUUGGGCGAGAACUUGGUGUGAUGACAGCACCUCCCAUUGUUUAACAGGAGACUGUGGCAACAAACUUGAAUGUGGUGGUAAUGGAGGAGCACCUCCAGCAACUCUGGUGGAGAUCACGCUGAAAGGAAACGGUGGGCUUGAUUUCUACGAUGUUUCUUUGGUGGAUGGUUUCAACGUACCUGCGAGUAUUGAACCAGCAGGUGGUAGCGGUGAUGGCAGUCAGUACAGCUGCAAAAAAUCUGCCUGUCAACCACACCUCAACGACAUAUGUCCAGAAGAACUGAAGUUGGUCUCACCACAUGGCGUCGUAGGUUGUGAAUCAGCUUGCACCCACUUCAACACCGACCAAUACUGUUGCAGGAAUGCUCACGAUAAGCCUGAAACUUGCAGAAGUAGUGAUUGGCCAAAAGAUUAUCCGAAGUUCUUCAAAGAUCAUUGCCCUGAUGCUUACAGCUAUGCAUAUGAUGAUCAUAAAAGUACUUUCACUUGCAAAUCUUCGAAGUAUAUUGUAACUUUUGGAUAAUUUUCGAUUAUAUUCAAUAUCCUGAAUUCUAAGUUGCAAUAAAGUAUACUCAGCACAUUCUC